AUGAGAAGUGAUGAGGUUAGUGAGGAAUUGAACAAAAAGCUUGAUGAAAAGUGUGUGGAAGAUAUAAAUGGCUGUAUACAUACUAGAGGUGAACACAAAAGACGUGAGCAAGAAGAGAAAUCUAAUGGAGAUGAAAGCAAACAAUUUGCAGAUUCUGUUAGUGAAGAUAAGAUGACAAAUGAGUUUGGCAGUGUUUUCAAGACGAAUGUGGACAUACAGUGCUUGAAAAGCAACAAAAGCAUUUUUGAAAAGAUGUCUAAAGAAGACGAGCAGCCUAAGCAAGCGAAGGAGUCUGGGUUUCUGAAGAUGCAUGUGCAGAAGAUUGAGGAGCCAGUUACUGAGACAAUUCCAGGAGUUGUUUUUCAGGCAAAUGUGAAUCUGCACAGGUUCCGUGAGGAAUGGGAAGGGAUUGGACCAGGGAUUGUGUAUGUGACUGAUGUGAAUGUAAAGCGAUGCUUCUUUAUCAGAGAUGAGGUGAUGCAGACUGCAUUUGAUUUUCUAGUGAAAUACAAUCUGCGCCCUGAGAGGAAGAAGUGCAGGGUAUUUGUUGUUAUCCGAGAGAUGGACGACACAAAAGCAAUUGAAAGGUUGUAUUGCAUUAUAUUCAAAGAUGAGAAUGAAGCGAGCAAAUUUGUUGAAAUGAUUAGAGUUUGA